UUUAUUCAUCCACACACAAGACGUUUAUAAAGCUGAUUUGGACGAAUACCAACUUGAUUAUUAUAGCUUCUUUAGAUCGCGACGGGAACCAACGCAUGUGUGUAUUUUCCAAAAAAAUAGAAAAAUAAGUCGAUGUGAUAAGAAAGAAAACUAUUGAGCAAGAAGGACAUAAAGUUCAGUGUUGUGUUAAAAUUGUGAUUAAAAAUGAAGCUUAAUAUUUUAUUAUUGUGCUUAAUGGCGGUUUCAUUAAUUCGAGCCGCGCACAUCCAACUUCUCGACAUUACACCUGAAGAAGCACAAAAGCUCAUAACACAGCAAAGCUUAGAUUUAAGAUACUCGAACAAAAUUGGUGAAGCUUCCGCUGCUGGAAAAGCUUUCAAUGGAAAAAUAAUUGAUAGUGAUGAUUAUACCGAGGAAGUAUAUGAUGCAAAUCAAUUUCAUGGACAAGAUGGUUUGGGACGAUUUGUGUUUGGUCAUUCUGACAAUCAACAAGCACGCUUGGAAGCUGGAAAUGCCAAUGGUGAAGUGAGAGGACAAUAUCGUUAUGUUGAUCCAUGGGGAAAUGAUAUUGAAGUGCAAUAUUGGUCUGAUAGUUUGGGUUUUCAUCAGACUGAUAAUAGACCGAAAUUUGAUUUACAGCCUGUGACAGAAACCCCAGAGGUUCAGGCAGCUAGAGAAGAGCAUGAGCGAUUGUGGAAAGAGGCGGCACGCCUAAAUGGGAUUGAUGCAGAGUCGAAUGGCUACUAUAACUCAGACAAUGAUGAUUUAGAAGAACAGGUCUCAAAUCAAAAUGAGAAAUUUGCACGCUAUCCAGUCCUCCCGUACGAGAAACAUAUCUCAUCUGAUAAUGCUAAAGAUUUUGGAGAUGUUCGUGAUGAUUCCGUAAUUGUUGAAGCUACAGAAAAAAGAAAAGCUAGGUCACGAUUCGCACGACAAUUUGAUAAUGUCGAGGAAGUGACUAGUGAGCCAAGAGGAUUUUUCUAUAGUUUUGAUUAUGCGGUUCCUCAUAUCAAUGACCAUGGAAGUGGUAGAAAUAUUGAAGGACAACCGAGUGAAACUAUUGAAAUAUUCACACGCACUGAUGCAGACAAUGAAGAGACUGAAAAUAUUGAAGAACCACGAAUUUCUGCAAAAAUUGCUGCCGGAAUUCUUUCAGAAGAUGAAGUUCAUGAUGCACAGAUUCAUCCAAAACAAAAAGCACAAUUUAAAUUAAAGGAGGAUUUACGACAGUCUGCAAAGAUUUCUGCUGGUUUAUUAUCUGAAGAUGAAAGAACUUCGGCAAAAAUUCACGACGGCAUUAUUCCAGAAGAUGAAGUGCAUGAUGCUCAAGUUCACCCAAAACAAAGAGCACAAAUCAAACGUGAAGAUGAGCAACAAUAUUCUGCUAAAAUAGCCGCUGGUUUACAAUCCGAGGAUGAAGUCCAUGACACACAAGUCCAUCCAAAACAAAGAGCUGGAAUUCAAGCACCAAAUCCAGAAAGGGUUUCAACAAGAAUUCAUGAUGGAUUAGCACCAGAAGAUGAAGUUCAUGACGUACAAAUUAGCCCAAAGCAAAAAGUUUACCGCUCAGUAAAUCGUGGUCGUGGAUCCAUAAGAUAUAAGGACACAGUUUAAAGAUUCGACGAAAAUGUAUUGUCAUUCUGAACGCAUUUAUUAAAAAUAAUAAAUAAUAAUAAAUAAUGAUAAAUUACAACAAGAAGUAGCUUAAGAAAUAAUCGUACUCAUUAUUGCUCUUUACAGUUUUCUUUUUCUUAAUUUUUUUCACUUUCUUUUUCCUCUGAGUCAUUUUCGAAUUGACACUGUUCUCAUCAUGAAUGAUCUGCUGGGUCUGUUCUUCCGGUUGACCUUCACUUCCUCCACUUCCGAAAUAACCUGAUACAGUAUCGUACAUGGAACUUAAACCACUCAUCAUUGAUGACACUGUAUCAGGUACAUUAAUUUCAAUUGGAAAGAAUCCUGUUGCAUCGAGAAUUUGUCGAAAAAAUAUUCGCGGCUCUUCUGCAUUUCUAAUGCUUUUACUUUCAAUGAAUUCCAUUUGGAUUGACGCCAAACAGAUUAUAGCGAGCAGCAAUUUCAUUUCUUUUUCUUCAACUUUUAUUGUAACUCAAUUGAAACAACUUCACUUGCUGAUUGUCACGAGAAAACUGAUUUAGUUGCAAUGUAUCGUGUUAAAUGCAUCCGAG